AUGAGUUCUGAAAGAGGCACUUACCAUGAAGAAUUUCAGGACAAUGCAACUUUUCGUAAAUGGGACUGCAUGGAUAAUAUAUUUGAUGCACUGUAUAAUAAUAGCCAAGUUGUUGAUAUUAGUACCAGUAGUAAUGUGCCAAAUAAUAUGAAUCAAACCGACUAUAAAAAAAAAGAAAUGGAGAAUCUUGAAGGCCAUCAGCAUUAUGAAUUACAAGAAGGCUUGAUGUUUCAUAACUGGAAACAUGCUAUGAAUGAAAUCAAAAAAUAUGAAAAAAGAAAAGGGUUUAGAACAUGCUGUUAUCAUAUCGAAAAAUUAAAAAAUGAAGAAAAAAAUAUAACAUUUACAACAGAGAUGACUAAAGAUAUUAAAUUCUUUGUAACAAAAAUAAAUUGUAGCCCCCAGCAAAUCUGUAAAGCUCUUGAAGAAAAAUAUUUUGUCAAGGUCUAUAUGCCAGUGCUGAGACAAAAAGAAGUUGAUCCUCAGUGGUAUGUUGAAGUAGAUUGGGAUCCUAAUAACCCUGCCUUAGUCACCACAAUACAUGAUGAAUUUCCAACUACAAAUGCUCUUCAUUGCAUAUUUUACAUUGCACAAAAUAUAUCUCUAAACUUGAAAAAUUAUCUUAAAGACAAUUAUGAUGAGUUCAUUAGUGAUUUCUUCGAGAAAUGCCUACUUGAUAAAUAUAAUAAUAAAGGUUUGGUUAAUUACUUGCAAUGGCUUUAUGCUAAUAAGGAAUCAUGGGCAAAAGCAUUUGUACUAAAAUUAUUUAUGGCUGGAAUGUCAUCUACUUUGCAGGUUAAAAGCUAUAAUACAAAGAUCAAGAGGUUAAUAUUUAAUUCCAAUACAACCAUAUUGGAACUUGCAGAAAAAUUAAUGAUAUGUGUUUUCAAAGAAGACAAAAAAACAGAAUAUGCUUUAUUACAUGUGUCAGUUCCUAAAGCAGCUUUGGUUGUGACAGCUGAUAGUAUUCUUCCUAAUGUUUGUAAAAUGCUAUGCAAGUAUUUAACCACAGAAAUGCUUAAGAUUCAGGAAGAUCAAAUAAAACAAUCACUUCAAUACCAUGCUAUGAUAGUAGUUCAAGAAAAGUUGCAAAAAUUUCUUAUCGUAAAUCUGGAUAAUUUUGCCUUAUUUGGUAAAAAUUUUACUGAUAUUGAUAUUAUUGCCAAGUCAAUGCUUGAUCUUAUUGAUACAAAUAAGGUAAUGCUAUAUAUACAAGCUGCAACAUUCCAUAUUCAGCUUAUAAGGUCAAGGUGGUAUAAUGAAACUAGUAGUGAUCCAGCACAAGAAUCAUUUCUAGUUGCACAAAAAUUUGGGUUAGAACACAAUAGUAAUGUUGAUUCAAAUAGUGCUUCAAAUAGCGAAAGUGAAGAUGAUACUGAUAAAAUUGAGUUGGAUCCAAAAGAGUUAAUGAAUCCUCAUAAGCGCAAAGAUAAGGGUCAGCUCAAGAGAACUAAUAGAAUACGAUAUGCUAAUGAACCACCAAAAAAG